AUGGGACGGUCUCUGUUAAUCCAAGCCAAGUUACAAAAGUGCUACUGGGUAAGAGCCUUAUCUACAGCAGCUCACAUACGAAAUCUUACAGUAACUGCCAAUAGCAACCAAGGAAAGAGUCCCUUUGAACUCUUUACCGGAAAACCACCAAGGCGCAACCACCUACGAGUUUUUGGCUGCACGGCAUAUGUUAUGAAUAGAAAGAUCAACAUGAAGAAGCUGGAUUCGAGAUCGGUGAAAGCCAAAUUUAUCGGUUAUAAUGACAAAAGCACAGCCUACAUCUUGCAAGAAUUCGACUCGAAAAAGGUCAUCAAAGCACGUAAUGUCAUCUUCAAAGAGAACGAAAUCCAGUCAUUCUCAGCCAGAGAAACAAUGAGUCCAGACAACCCAAACCUUGUGAGUCCAAACAUGGAUUUUGAAGAUGAUCGCUCGAAUGACGAAGCCACAAAGAUACCGGUCCAAGCUAGAGUGGGGGAAAAUGAUAAGACACCUGUUGUUCAAAAUCCACAUCAAGUCGAAGAAAACCCUGAGGAAGACGAAGUCGCACUCCCCAGAGAAAGCAGAAAUCGUCGCCCCCCGGAACGAUAUGGAUUACCCUACACGUUUAACAUAACAAAAGAGGAAAACAUACAAGAACCCAAUUCGUUCACCGCAUGCAGAAAACUGGAGAAAAGCUAUGCAAGCAGAGUACGAGUCAUUAAUGGACAAUAA